AUGGGUCUUUUCUUCUCUAACACAUGCAAGGAAGACUUAAUUGGAUUUGCUGAUGCAGGAUAUUUAUCUGAUCCUCAUAAUGCUCGAUCACAAACUGGAUAUGUGUUCACAUGUGGAGGUACUGCUAUUUCUUGGCGUUCUAUGAAGCAGACUCUUGCAGCUACUUCUUCUAACCAUGCAGAGAUUUUAGCUAUUCACGAAGCUAGUCGCGAGUGCGUGUGGUUAAGAUCUGUAGUUCAACACAUCCGAGAAGAUUGUGGUCUUUCUGUAGGAAAAGAAGCUCCAACGGUCAUGUAUGAAGACAAUGCUGCAUGUAUCGCACAACUGAAGGAUGGGUACAUCAAAGGCGAUAGAACGAAGCAUAUUCUACCAAAGUUCUUCUUCACCCAUGAAUUGCAGAAGAAUGGUGAUGUACGUGUUCUGCAGAUUCGUUCAAGUGAAAAUUUGGCGGACUUAUUCACCAAGGCGCUUCCCACCACUACUUUCAAGAAGUUAACUCACAUGAUUGGAUUGCGUCGUCUCAAAGAUCUCAACGGAUGUCUCAUUAGGGGGAGUAACUGCGCGCUACACUCUUUUUCCCUUAACUAUGGUUUUUCCCAUUGGGUUUUCCUAGUAAGGUUUUUAAUGAGGUAG